CCAAGAAAAACGAAAGAGAAACCAAGAAACCGGUGUAUCUUACGMUUUUCUUGCGUCUUCAAGAUGGCAGCAGAAGGUGGUACAUCAGCGAUGUUUGGCACGACUGCAUCUGGUAUCCCAGUAUCACACUUAGAUUAUAGUUAUGUURGAAAGUGUACGAAUGGAACUGAACUAGAAAAGAUACUCAAGGUUUUGAGGUCUGGAGAAGAGGGUUCCUAUCCUGAGUUAACAGAAUUCACUGAAAAAAGGCUCGCAACUAUCCACCCUAAAAGCAAAGCACUGYGCAAAGAAAUACCAAUACAGUCUUACAAUGAUCUGGAUACAUCAGAAAGGGAAGAAGUAUCUGAAGAAUUAGGGGACUGGUUCUCAGAAAUAAGCCACAAAGAUAACUUGUUGAAGAAAGGCAGUAAUAAUCCUUCAAACGGGGAYUUUCUUCCACCAAUACGAUCAGCAAGAACAGUUGGUUCCACUACGUCUGGCAGUGCACAGGUGUCAAAUGGAAAUGGAAGAGAAAGCAAGAAGGGUUCUGUUGCACCAAGAGGAUACCAAGACUGGGAUAAGUUUAAUCCUGAUGAGGAAUUAAAGGCUAUGGAAGAGAAAGAAGAAAAAGAAUUGAAAAAUAAAAAGGAGAAAGCUAAAAUGAAUUCCAAAGAGGCAGAAAUACCUGAUAAAAUUGAAACGGCUGGCAAAACAGAUGAAGAGCUGAAGUCGCUGGCAGAGCACGAGAAGAACAAGGGUAAUGAGGCAUUCCACAGUGGRGAUUAUAAAGAAUCCCUUGUGUAUUACACAAGAAGCAUUGAAUACAAGUCUUCAGCCGCUGCGUACAACAAUAGAGCUUUUGCAGAAUUAAAGCUAGAGAAAUAUGAUGAAGCUAUUCUAGACUGCAAUGUUGUUAUUAGUUUAGAAGCAAAUAAUCUCAAAGCAUUUUUGAGGCGUGCCAUUGCAUAUAAGGGCAAGGGAGAUUUUGGCAGUGCAAGACAAGACUURAACAAAGUGCUGGAUAUUGAGCCUAACAAUAAGAGAGCCAAGACAAGUCUCAAUUCAAGUCAGCUUUAGCAUCACUGUUGUAUAACCGUGCUGCAUGCCUCAGUAAAAUGGGUGAUGCUCUYGGUUGCAUUAAGGACUGUAAUGCAGCACUUGACCUUAUCCCUGGAGCUGUUAAACCACUGGUUAAGAGAGCAGCCGCUCAGGAAAUGCUUGAAAGGUAUAAGCUGUCAUAUCUGGAUUACAAAUUAGCACUCUUUGUUGACUCCACCAACAAGCCUGCUCAGGAAGGGAGAUCAAGAGUUGCCAAGCACCUCAGUAAUAUGUAUGGGCGUGAAUGGAGAACAAAGCUCAAAGACRUUCCAAACCCUUCAACAUCUGUAUCCUCUGAACUGUUGAAUACAGAAAAGACUCAGAAUGAGCCUGCUCUGAAUGUUAUUAAAGAUAAGAAACARACUGAAGAUCACUCUACUAAACCCAGUGGUCUUCAUAAUGGGAAACCGUCAGUGCCACCCACGUUGAGUAAGGCUGAAAAGUUUGAGAAGAGCAAGGAAAGAGGCAAUACUUUUGUCAAACAGGGUAAGCUGGAGCAAGCAGUCAACUGCUAUACUGACUGUAUACAACUCGACCCCAACAAGGCAGUCAGCUAUACUAACAGGGCACUAUGUUACCUGAGAUUGAACAAGUACAAACAAGCACUAGAGGAUUCCUCCAAAGCCCUGGAUCUUGAGCCUGGUAAUGUCAAGGCUUUGUACAGGCGUGCACUGGCCAAAAAGGGCUUACGAGAAUAUGAUAACGCAGCUAAGGAUCUCCUGAACCUGAUCAAGAUUGAGCCAACCAACACAGCUGGAAAGAAAGAACUGGACACCGUGCUCAACCUGUGUAGAGAGGAGCGACGGGAAAAGCAGAAAUCUGCACCUGAAACCAAAGCCAAGAAUGAGGAGAAACCAAGCAAGACUUCCAAAACUGAGCCAAACAACCAGCAGGGACAACAGAAAAAGGCUGCUCGACGACGACGGGUACACAUCGAGGAGGUUAACGGRGAAGAAGAGGACUCGGGCGAGAUCAAGGCAAAACCAUCAAGCUCCAAAUCAUCUCAAGAAUCUUCUUGUCCACUAAGGUCAGGGAAGACUACCAAACCAUCUGCCACGACCAGUAAACCACAAUACACUAGAACAACUACAGAACAGGCUAAACCUGCUAAAGACGCCAAACAGAAGAAAAUCAAGCUGAAUAAGGUCACUCCGUUCGAUUUCUACCAAGCAUGGAAUUCAGUCAAGCAAAACGAUUACGCUACAUAUGCUGACAUCCUGCGACAAAUCCARCCAACUUUGCUUCCUAAAGUGUUGAGUAACAAGCUUGAUGCAGAUAUGUUUCGUAGUAUUGUUCGAGCUGUGUCAGAUCACAUUCUUCCGAAAGGUGAGGAUAAGUUCGCGUUUGGAAUACUGCAGUACGUGUGUAAGGCAGAGCGGUUCAACAUGGCGUUGAUGUUUCUCGAGAAGCAAGAUAUCCAAGCAAUUUGUAAACUCUUCGCCAAACUCUACUCAGCGCGCGCCCAGCAGGAAUUCGUGGAUGUGGACACGUUCAAUAAUGUUCUAAGCAAGUACGAAGUAAAGGCUUAGGACUAGAAAUCUUUCAUUGGUAUAAAAUAUCCGAAUGUAAAUGAAAAACAAGGAAUCCUAGCAAUAUCGAUCAGAGAUCAUGGUUACUCGAAAAUAGAGCUUGUACGUCGUGAAGCAUUACCGGGUCCGAUUCCUUAUCAAAAUAAAAAAUCCAAAAAUCAAGAAAUGUGAACUAAAACUUACCUACCACGUGCAAAGAGCUGAGCAUAACUUUGAUUAAAAAUAACCCAAUUGACCUCCUCGGCUCGGGCGUAAUGUUUUCCCAUUUCACACCACAUGUCAUUCCCUAGAGUAUCAUUUCUUUGUUUAACGGUUGACACAUGAGAAGACACAUGAAUAUGGAUACAACUCAAACGAGGAAUCUUAUUCUCGAGAGAAUGAGAAUGAAAUGAAAUAGUUUUCGACCCGGAAGUGAUUUCGAACGAAUGACGUCACACUUGUGCUUCUGUCACGUGAUGAGUCCAUAAGUGGGAAAUUCAUAUAAAUGGAUACGAAUAGGAAUUCCAUCUUUUCUAUUUGUUUCUAUUUGACUUUAUAUGGCACUUGAGUUACUGUUGAGAGCAUCGGAAUCUUUAUUACUGAUUUUAGUAAUAAACUUGUUCGUAAGUUUUUUUAAGGAAUUUAAUUUCAAAUUCAUCGGAAAAGUUUUUUUUUUCUAAAUGUUUCUUCUUAUGAAUUUCGUUAAUAAAGUUAUAGUUCAUCGUA